GCCGAGAUUCUCGUUCGUUCGUUGGUCGCUCGUUGGUCGCUCGUUGGUCGCUCGUCCCAGGAGAUACGGCAGGAUACGGCCGGAUAUACGGGGUGACUCUUCCGAGUUUAGGAGUGACGUUCGAAGGAUCGACGAAACCCGGUGCCCCUCGAGGGCAAAGGCAGGCUCGGCGGACGAGAAGUCGAUGAAGGCGAUGGUGGUCAGCCCCGUCGGGGGGCGAGUGCCCCCGACUCGAGGAGUCCUCCACGGCGGACUGGGCGUGCACGCGACGCGCCGCGACCUGGAGGCGGAGGAGGUCGCGGCCUACCUGAGCAAGCUGCGGGCCCUGGUGCCGGACAUGCCGCGCAAGCGGAAGCUCUCCAAGCUCGAGGUGAUCCAGAGGGUGAUCGAGUACAUCUGCGACCUGCAGACCACCCUGGAGGCGACCAACGUCCAGGACGCGUCCGGCGCCAAGUCGCCGCGGCAGCCGCUGCAGCCCCUCCUGAACGCCAGCACGAGCGGCCUCGGCGGCGCCGCCGCCGCCGCCGCCACCACCACCGACCGGUGACCACGGACGACGCCGCGCUCGAGAGGCCGAGGCGUCCCCUUCGCGAGGCUCCUGCCGGAGGAUUCCUGAGACCGAGGCGAUUCCGGUCGGCCGGACUGUAAAUAAUGUACAUAGAUGGACGAGCGCGCCGCGGCUCGUCCCGAGACACCGAGGGGGGAGGAGGAGCUACGAAUUCGCUUCCGUCCGUCCUGCGUGGCGGCCAUUUUGUUCCGUUCCCCCUCCCUCGGGUGGCGCCGUAACGGCGACGACCGAGCCACCUGCCGUUGGAAAGUUGCGUCGCUACUCCGUAGGAAACCCUUCCGUAGACGUAGGUAGAGAGGACGGAAGGACCGAAUCCUCGCCGGUGCCGCUCCGUCGUCGUAUCGUUACUUUAAUCGUCGCUGUUAUCGCUCCUGCGUUAUCAUUUAGCGAGAGAAAGAGAGAGUGAGUGGAGGGAACCAUGUCCCCGUUAUCGUAUAUCGUGUAUAUUUACGAAGACUGAAAGGCUGUAAAUAUUAUAUAGAGGCGCGACCACGCCUCUCCGCGGGGAAGCAAGAAUAAACGGAAACGUGUGACCAUUCUGAA